GGUCAGCAGGGCAGUGUACAGGGGUCAGCAGGGCAGAGCGCAGGGGACAGCAGAGCUGAGGAAAGGGGUCAGCAGGGUGAGAAGCAGGGGUCAGAGGACAGAGGUCACUGCUGGCAGGGCAGAGGACAGGGGUCACUGCUGGCAGGACAGAGGACAGGAGUCACUGCUGGCAGGGCAGAGGACAGGAGUCACUGCUGGCAGGUCAGAGGACAGAGGUCACUGCUGGCAGGGCAGAGGACAGGGGUCACUGCUGGCAGGUCAGAGGACAGAGGUCACUGCUGGCAGGGCAGAGGACAGGAGUCACUGCUGGCAGGGCAGAGGACAGGAGUCACUGCUAGCAGGGCAAAGGAAAGGAGUCACUGCUGGCAGGGCAGAGGAAAGGAGUCACUGUUUGCAGGGCAGAGGAAAGGAGUCACUGCUUGCAGGGCAGAGGACAGGGGUCACUGCUGGCAGGUCAGAGGACAGAGGUCACUGCUGGCAGGGCAGAGGACAGGAGUCACUGCUGGCAGGGCAGAGGAAAGGAGUUACUGCUUGCAGGUCAGAGGACAGGGGUCACUGCUGGCAGGACAGAGGACAGGGGUCACUGCUGGCAGGGCAGAGGACAGGGGUCACUGCUGGCAGGGCAGAGGACAGAGGUCACUGCUGGCUUUGGAGGGGGCACAACUA